AUGAAUUAUAAAGCUGAGUUUUAAAAAUAAGAAAUUUUAUGUCCAGAAACAGGUUAGUGGGUUGAUUUAACUCUAGAAUUGAAUUUAAAAAUGAUUUAAAUGCCUCCAAAGGAAGCUAGAGUGGCAGAUUAAAGUGUUUAAAUUUUAGAUGAUAUUAAUUUUUAGAAUUUUGGUGUUGAAUUAUAUUUAUAUGAAAAUUUAAAUUUUUUUAUAAAUGAUAAUUAUUUGGCUAUUACUGAUUUAAUGCCAGAAGCUUAACAUAAGGUUAUGUAAAAUAUGGCUUCUUUAUUAUAAGCUAUGGGCAAAGAGCUAUUUAACAGUUUUACUUUUGGAUAUUAUAAUUGA